CGCGUCGUGAAGGUCGCCGUGGUGGGCAGCGGCCUCGCAGGCCUCACCGCGGCCUAUCUGCUCUCGAACGCCCACACGCGGCGCGGCGAACGCACGUCGGGAGGCGAGGGCGUCGAGUUCGAGGUGCACAUAUUCGAAAAGGCGGAGACGCUGGGCAUGGACUCGCACUCGGUGUCGCUCGCGCCUCCAGGCCUCCCGUCCGACCUCGAAUGGCGCGUCGACGUUCCGAUGCGCUCCUUCCAAGGAGGCUAUUACCCCCAGCUCAUCGCCCUCUACAAGCACCUCGGCGUCUCCUUCCGACACACUGACUUUUCAUACUCAUUCUCCUACCUCCCGUCUCUCCCCCCGCCGUCCCCGCACCCAUCAGCGAGACCGGACAUCGCGCCGACGAUGAUCUACGACGGCGCCUCCGGGACCAAGGGGAUCAGCGUCCCAACCGCCCUGCGCACAUGGUCGACGCACCCCGUCGGCCCCGCGCGCCUCGUCGCCUACCUUGCCUUUCUGCUAUCCUUCGCCCUCGCCACGCUCUUCACGCGGGACGUCUGCACGCCGCUGUUCUCGGCGGUGUGCACCGCGGCGCGCGAAGACGUGCAGGCGCACCCCGCAGAGGAGUUCCUCGACUUCAUCUGGCUCACGCUCUUCACGCACCACUACGUCGUCUCCCACGGCGUCCGCGACGUCGUCGCCCGCCUCACCGCCUCCAUCCCGCCCGCGCAGAUCCACCUCGGCGCCGCGACCACCGCCGUCCUCCCAGACGCACACGACCCCGCCCUCCUCGCCGUCGUCUGCACCCCCGCACACGGCGCGCCCGCCGCCCACGCGGGCUUCGCGCACGUCGUGCUCGCCGCGCAGGCGAACCACGCAGCGCCGCUCGUGCGCUCCUACGCGCGCGCGCUCGCGCCCGGCGGUGGCGGUGGCGGUGGCGCCGCCGCGCAGCGGGCGGACGCGCUCGCGGCGUGCCUCGCGCGGUUCGAGUACCGCCGCACGGUCGUCGUGAACCACACCGACGCGCAGCUGCUCCCCGCGCACCCGCGCGACCGGCGCGACCUCAACUUCGUCACCGUCACCGCGCGCACCGAAAAGAGCGUGCGCGACGAGUGCGAGAAGCCGGCUGAGGCGGCGGCGGUGGCGGGCGCGGGUUUGCUCGUCCCGCCGACGUAUACGAUGACGACGCAGAUGCUGCUGCGGCCGGCGCACCUCCCGCCGGCGGCGCCUGGGGCGCCGGCGAUCUACCAGACGACGAACCCGGUGUAUGCGCCGGAGGAGGCGCGCGUGCUGUCGGUGGCGAGGAUGGAGCGCGCGGUGCUGACGCGCGCGGGGAAGGAGGCGGUGCGGAUGCUCUCGGUGCCGCCUGCGCGCGCGGCGUCGUGGGUGGACGACGUGCGGCGAUGGGUGAAGGGGGGAGGCGCGAGCGCGGCAGAGGGAGAGACAGAAGGGGGGCUGGGUGCGUUGCAGGGGGCGGCGAGGAGGGAAGGAGGGGAGGUGCCGGGUGUGUGGGUCGUGGGAUCUUACGCGUACAGGGGCAUACCGCUGCUGGAGGGGUGCGUUGCGGGUGCGAGGGAGGUGGUGGAGCGGGGGAUCAUGGAGUGCGAGGGGGUGAGGGUGGCGGAUGCGCCGUGGUAG